GUUUCACUUCUAAAAGAGAUAAAAAAUGGCUUUGUCUGGAAGAUUGUUUGAAAGAUUGUGUACUCCUACAAAUAUUAAAAUUGUCGGAAAAAGACAUGUGCACAAAAAUAAUCAGACUGUUUGUGAGGAAAUGAUUGGACCCGCUCAUCCUAUUUCUAACCUACGAGCGCUGCAGCUAGGACGGAAACAUAAUGAAACUAAAUACGAGGUGAAACUCCGUCUGGUGAGACAGGAGACCCAGAUGUUUAACCAGGAGUUCUGGGUGGAGCACAACACUGCCUUCAAGCAGGGCAGGGAGAAGUUCAUCAAUAACCUUCUUGCAGUUAAAUAUCCAACAGAGAAGGAUAAAAAGACGUUAACUAGCGAGGAAAUGUCAGAAUUUUACCGUGAGUUUAUGAAUCAGCAAUGGCGAAAUCAUCUUCAGUAUAAUCUGGAUUGGCAGAAACGAAAUUUUAAAAUCAUUUUUCUCACGGGCAUUGUCCGAAUUCAAGCGUUGUUAAGUUUUCUAAGAUAGUAUUUUUAAAUUUUAUUUUUAAAUUUUGUUAUGUCAUGAUAUUAUUAGAUUCAUAUUGUCAGAA